AUGCAACACCCCCACCAACUUCCACCGUCGUUUCUCUGCCAUUUUCCCGUUUUUGUAGGCCCCAUUUUGGCUGACGUAUUGCGGUGCACGGGUGUUACUUAUCUUCGUUCUCGCUCUCUUAACCUACUCCACACCAUGACUUCUAACGUGCUUACCCCGUACAUCAAGCUGCUCUUUUUAGAGCCGCCCAAUCUCACGCCCAGCGAUCUUGCGACCGUGCUCCGGUCGAUUUUCAAAGGAAUCCCCUCGGAAGUCCAGACCGCCGCAUUUCUCACCGCGCUAAGAAUGCGUGGUUUGGACCACGAACCCGAGUACAUAGCGGCAGCUGUGGGGACGGUGUUGGAGUUUUCCGAGAUGAUUCCGCCGGCAGAAGUUGACCUGCGUGGGUUUGUGGAUAUUGUGGGCACCGGUGGCGACGGCCAAAACACAUUCAACGUUUCCACCUCGGCGGCUAUCGUGGCGGGCGGAAUGGGAAUCAAAGUGUGCAAGCAUGGCGGCAAGGCGUCGACACUGGUGUCUGGCUCGGGCGACUUGCUCCGGAGCCUUGGCGUGGACCUAUCUGUGGUGACACGUGCCACAGCGCCUGGGAUCACCGAAAAGCUGGACUUCUGCUUCUUGUUUGCGCCUGCCUUCCACCCGGGCAUGGCUGCUGUUGCGUCGACACGGGCCCAGUUGGGUGUGCCGACGAUCUUCAAUAUUUUGGGGCCACUCAUGAACCCAAUGCCGUUGCGGGCACGGGUUUUGGGCGUAUAUUCCGAAAAAUUGGGCGAGUCUUAUGCAUUGGCUGCGUUGCAGUUGGCACAGCAGUCGCCUGUUCACGAGCGCACGAUGGUUGUUUUCGGCGAAGUCGGUCUCGACGAGAUUUCGCCCACGGGCCUGACCAAAUGCUGGACCGUAGACAAAAACGGAAUCGAGCGGCUGUCCAUUUCGCCCCGAGACUUUGGUUUGCCCGAGCACAGCCUAGGGCAAGUGCGCAGUGGUACGCCCGAAGAGAAUGCCGAGAUUUUGUUCCAUAUUUUGAGACAGGAUGCUCCGGAGUUCAUGAUCCGAAGCGCAGGAAACCAUCCGUUGGUGGACUAUAUCACCAUGAACGCAGCUGCAGUGGCCGUGGUUGCUGGUGUUGCAUCCGAUUGGAAAGACGGUGUGGCCAAGGCCAGGGAGGCAAUCAUUUCGGGACAGGCAUUGGCGGCUCUCGAGGACUUCAAAAGGGCCGUGGACGAAGCAAAGAACAGAUCUUGA